CACAGCAGCGGCAGCAGGAGGACCACAAAGGGGAGGGCCGAACGGGCCCCCUCUCCUCCCUGCAGCAGAAGAUGUGUGCUCCUCUGAGUGGGAACUGUUUGUGAAAGAGCUCCGAGCCCAGAGACCGAACAGUCAACUCCAAUUAUCAGGUGCUGUGAGCAGCUUCUGUGCCGACCCGACAUCAGCAGGCCUCUCCACAGAAGAAGAAGAACUCUUGUGGCUCUGUGAAGCGUGGAGGCCAGAGAGAGCGGGAUGGACACGUGCGCCUGUGCUUUGGAGCUGCUGGGGAUGCUGCUCUACGUUGGAGCGUGGCUGUGCGCUUUAACUACCACCAUCUUACCGCAGUGGCUGACCAUGUCCACUGCGCUGCUGCCUGUAGAGAGCUACGAGCUGGGCCUGUGGGAGACCUGCGUGGUCCAGGAUGUCGGGGGCAUGGAGUGUAGAGCUUACGACUCCCUGCUGGGCCUCUCCAGUGACCUCAAGCUGGCCCGCAUCCUCAUGUGCGCUUCCCUCGCUGUGGGCAUGCUGGGAAUCCUGGUGGCUACGCCUGGACUUUACCUGGUCAACAGCUGUAAAGAACACGGAGGCUGUAGAACCAAGAGGACUUUGACCAUCAUCGGAGGGGUGCUGGGGAUGGUUUCUGGGCUGCUGUGUCUGAUCCCCGUGUCCUACAUGGCCCAUUUAGCUGUGAUACAUUUCUUUGAUGAUAAAGUACCGGAUGUGGUGCCAAGAUGGGAGUUUGGAGAUGCCUUGUUCUGUGGCUGGGCGGGAGGAUUUCUUCUCAUCGUGGCCGGGCUGCUCCUGGUCACCUCCUGCAUGUGUUCACAGGUGGAGCCUCAGCCUGCGCUGCAGCGGAGGUACCAGGUGAUGAGCACAGAUGUUAACUUCAGGAAGCGCUCAGAGUACGUUUAAGGGAUGAAGCACAAAAUAUUGAACUGUAUGUAGACAGACAGCACAACACAAUCAACUGUAGAACUGCACUUCAUCCUGCUUUAAAACAAAGAUGUAAAUAUCUGGUUUUCUAUCGGAGACACUGCACUGUACGAGGGUCGCGUCAGCACUUCAGUGAAACAGUGACAUUUUUACACAGUUAUCUCUCAGUUACUUCAAAUGAUUCAACUGCACAAUCAAACAUUCGAUUUUAAGACGACCUGCUGUGACCAGUGAAAAUGAAUAUUUUUUUAAAGAUAUGUUUUAUAAGAUAAAGCUUUAUAUUCCUUAUUCUGGGACUUCUUCAAGAUCUCUCUUUUAUCAAUACCAACAAAGACAAAUAUAGUGUCUCAUAGUUUCUGAUGUACAAGAAAAUUAGUUUUAUUAAUUAGCUUUAAAGAUGCUGUGAUUGUAAGUUAUUCUUGAUACUAAAACACAGAGCGAGCACAUUUGUUCUGUGCCUGGUUACGUCUGCUUUUGUGCUGUAAUGUGCAGCACAUUCAGAUGAUUCACAUAAAGACUUCUGUUCAAAUUCUAUUAUAAAAGUUGUGUCUUUUUUGCAUUUAAAAAAAAUUGUAAUGUUCUUGUAGAAUAUGCUGGAAACGAUGAUGUGUUGAUGAAAAAGACUAAAUCAGAACAGAACCAGGUUCUCGAUAAACUGACCUGAACCACAAAUCAAUCAGUAACAUAACAUAAAGUACUGACAUCCUGAGUGGCAGUGACAUGAAUCCGUACAGAGAAAUGACUUGGUUUGUCUUC